AUGUCUCCAAAGUCAAUUCGCAUAAUCGGUGCUGGUCUAUCAGGCCUCGCCCUUGGACAAUGCCUGCGCCGGGUCAACAUCCGAACCGUAAUCUACGAACGCGUGAAAGCAAAUCCAACGCGUAACAACUACGGCAUCACGCUCUACAAGUCGACUUAUAAGCCAUUACUGGACACGCUACGGAUGACUGAGGACGACUUCUGCCGCCAAGUGGGAGUGCAUAACCCAGAUAGUGGCGCCUUAGUCUCCGAUGACCAAAGACUACGCGUGAACCGAGCUGCUUUGACCAGCCUACUCGAGAGCAAUCUGGAUAUACGGUUUGGACAUAAGCUCAAUAACAUCACAUCAUACGGUACAUCCCGAUGUGUUACGUUCCAAAAUGGGACUCAAGAUCUCACUGAAGACUUCAGCAUCUUGAUUGGAGCUGAUGGCGUCCACUCAGCAACGCGAUCUCAGCUCAAUCUUUCCAAACCUGUGUUCGAUCUCGAAGUGUUACCCUACAUCGUCUUCAAUGGCAAGCGUCGCAUGGUAUACUCCAACCUUCCUCCGGGCCUGCUCGACUGUUUCACAACACCAAAUGGGAUCCAACAUGUCCAAAACGGUGUCUUGCUCUCCAUCAAAGCCGACUUUUGGAACCCCGACAAACAGACCGUCGCAGUCAGCUACACACUCUCUAGGGCGGCUGAUAAAGCAGACCAAGCGCUGUUGGACCGCAACAUCAGUGACGCCGAAACGUUAGCGAAGAGUUUUGUCGACGAAGUCGCCACGCUUGGACAGCUACCUGCACCAUUCGAUAGCAUCUUCAACACGGACACUAUGUCAGAAGACAGGUUGCUACAUUGGCUUAUGCGCUCGUCUCUAAUUGAUGGCAAAGUCGUCCAGGAUACUGCUCUGAAUCAUGGCGUUAUUCUCCUCGGUGAUGCAGCACACGCACAGCCAAUUCCGGGGAACGGUGCCAAUCUGGCGAUUGCUGACGCAUUAGAGGCUGCGAAGCAUAUGGAUGCCUCGGGCAAAUUCGAUGCGGCUGCAUUCUUGGAGGCCAGGUCAGACUGGAUGAAUGGGAAACGGGAGAAUGAGCGGGCUUUGAAGGCCUUGCAUCCUGACGGAGCCCGCAAGGCUAGAAUCUAG